AUGCGACGCAACAAGAGACAACAGAACGAAUUAGAACCCAUUAUAAUUUUGAAAAUUGACCACAACGGACGUGGCGCGAUGCGGCGCGACAAUCCAGCCAUGUGUCGCGCCGCGUCCGGUGUAGACACGGUGUUUCAGUAUGUCGUAUGGUUCCAGAACAGGAGGGCUCGCACGUUAAAAUGCAAGGGUGGCAAGAAACCAUUGUGGCAAUCUGAUUCCCCAUUGCGUGCCUACAGUCCCAUGCAGAAUUCACCAGUACAGCUACACUCCUCUGGACGGGAGGGCAGCGAUUGUGGCACUAUGCCUAUUUGCACUCCACCACCUGCAUACCCCAGUCAGAUUAAGGAAGAAAUGGAACGGGAUGGUCUGUAUGUGUGUGAAACACCAUCUUCCAUGUCUGUUGGGGAUGAUUCAGGCUAUUGCACCCCAUCAUAUGGACACUAUCAUGGCAGACCCCUGAACGCAUACGGCAGUGCCCCUUUUCUCAACCCGGAGCAUCAGAUGCCCCCUACCUGGGCUACAAGGUAUGAGAGGAGGUCACCUAGGAGCUCUAUGUGGAGCCCAUUUUAUUCAGAUGUCUAUGCCUGCAACACCAGGUCCGCUCAGGGCUUUUACUACUCACCUGAAACACACAACAGCCUCCAGCCACUGACCCCCGUCACCCCAGACUCAGGCUGCUGUGAGGGUGGUGUGGAGGGCACUCCCCCAGCUUCCAGCUCUUUUUGCGUCGAAAACCCAGAAGUGUCAGAGAUGGAGAGUCCACAGGAAAGCGGCGUUCAUCAUGGACCUCUGCCCGAGCUGCCAGCCCUGUCCCUGCAGGAGAUCCUGGGAGAGUUACAAGGAGAUUGGUGGCAUGGAGAUGAACUGAACAGCCAAUCCGAGGAAAGCCAUGUAUACUGCUGA